UGUCCUUGCGUGUAUUCGAACAAACACAAACACACACGUCGUGAGAGGACAAAUAAAAGUUUUUUUUUCUGGAUUUUGUUUUGUUUUUCUUCAAUUUUAGUUUGUGAUUAAGAAAAAGAAAAGUAAGAAAAUGGUACAUCUUACGAAAACUCUUCGAUUCAUUAAUAAUCCUGGUUUUCGAAAAUUUUAUUAUGGUCUUCAAGGAUAUAAUAAAUAUGGAUUGUAUUAUGAUGAUUUCUAUGAUUACACUGAUCCAGCUCAUUUAGAAGCUGUUCGUCGUUUACCACCUGAUCUUUAUGAUCAACAUACUUAUCGUGUAAUUCGUGCAUCACAAUUAGAAAUAACAAAACAAUUUUUACCGAAAGAACAAUGGCCAUCAUAUGAAGAGGACAUGGAUAAAGGUCGAUUUCUUACACCAUAUCUUGAUGAAGUAAUGAAAGAAAAGAAAGAAAAAGAAGAAUGGGUCAACUUUUUAUCAAAAGAUUAAACAAUUAUGAAAUGUAUAGUUAAAACAAAGCAAAAAAGCAUCCCCCACACAUGAAUAUGAAUUGAAUAGAUUUAUUUAAUCAAUAAAAAAAAAGAUUUCUUUGACAAAGAAAAAAAA